AUGGCUAUGGCUCCUCCCAUCAAAGUGUUUCUAGGCUCUUUCGCGUUCGCUGUAUUUUGGGUAUUAGCGGUUUUUCCUGCUGUCCCUUUUAUGCCAAUCGGAAGAACAGCAGGGUCUCUCCUUGGUGCCAUGCUCAUGGUUCUUUUUCAAGUAAUAACUCCAGAUGAAGCUUACGCUUCCAUUGAUCUUCCAAUCCUUGGCCUCCUCUUUGGUACAAUGGUUGUAAGUGUUUAUCUGGAAAGAGCAGAUAUGUUCAAAUAUUUAGGUAAGUUACUCGCAUGGAAAAGUCAAGGAUCCAAAGACUUACUCUGUAGAAUCUGCUUAAUAUCCGCUGUUUCCAGUGCUUUUUUCACUAACGACACAUCAUGUGUUGUGUUAACUGAAUUCGUACUCAAAAUAGCAAGACAACAAAACCUUCCACCACAUCCGUUUCUACUAGCACUUGCUUCAAGUGCAAAUAUCGGGUCAUCCGCUACACCAAUAGGCAACCCUCAAAACCUUGUGAUAGCAGUUCAAAGCAAGAUACCAUUUGGGGAAUUCUUGUUUGGGAUUGUGAUGGCGAUGUUGGUGGGCGUUUUCGUAAAUGCGCUGAUUCUGUUAUGUAUGUUUUGGAAGGUGUUAUCUGUUCAAAAAGACGAAGAAGAACCUCCUGUUGAAGUAUCACCUCAAGAAGACGUGAAUUCCCAUCGAUUUUCACCAGCUACAAUGUCACAUCUUUCAUCUCAAAAUUCUCACGAACUUGGUGCUAGUUUGGACGCGAUGAGUCAUCCGCCAGGUGUCAACGGAACAUUGGAUAAUCUCACUCUCAGGAACCGUAUAACUUUAAGUGAUGAGAUCCACACCUCAAAAGACAUUACAGGUACAGACAACGGAAACGGAAUCGGGAAUGGCGAUUCCUGUUUGGGUUUGGAGGAAAAGGAUGAAAAGUCUGCGAAAUGGAAGAUAAUGUUAUGGAAAACAGGGGUUUAUGUGAUUACGAUCGGAAUGUUGGUUUCGUUUCUAGUGGGGUUAAACAUGUCAUGGACUGCAAUUACAGCUGCUUUGGCUCUUGUGGUUGUUGAUUUUAAGGAUGCAAGGCCAUGUUUGGAGAAGGUUUCUUAUUCGCUUUUGGUAUUCUUUUGUGGGAUGUUUGUGACUGUUGAUGGGUUUAAUAGAACAGGAAUCCCAAGUGCAAUGUGGGAUUUGAUGGAGCCUUAUGCACAAAUUGAUCAUAUUUCUGGUGUAGCAAUUCUUGCUGUUGUGAUAGUUGUUCUAUCAAAUCUAGCUUCAAAUGUGCCAACAGUGCUGUUGCUGGGGGCAAGGGUGGCGGCGGCGGCGGCUAGUAUAUCGCCGGAGAAGGAGAAGAAAGCGUGGCUAAUAUUGGCGUGGGUUAGUACGGUUGCCGGAAACCUUUCUCUACUGGGAUCGGCGGCGAAUUUGAUUGUAUGUGAACAAGCUCGUCGUGCACAAAAUUUUGGGUAUAAUCUUACGUUUUGGGCUCAUCUCAAAUUUGGUGUUCCUUCCACGAUUAUCGUUACAGCUAUUGGGUUGACAUUGAUAAGGGCUUAAUAAAGGUAACAUAUCCAUAAUCUUCCUUCAUCUUUUCUACAUUUCCUUUUAGGUUUACGUAAAGAAAAUUUUCAGAAAAGAAUACCAGUGUUUUCAC